AAUAGCUGUAAACCUCACAGUUUUAAAGUAAAUAUAAAGUAAAAUAAUUUUCAUUCCUACAAUGAAGAAAUGUUACCUGAGAAAUAUACAAUAUUAUAAAUCAAUAAGAUCCUAUAGCUGUGCUUUUCUAAAGAAAUUAAAACAUAUCUUAAGUCAACCAAAAUUGGAAUUGUGCAUUGAAAAAUCAUAAUAUAUAAAAAAUAACAUGUAGUUCGUCAUUAUAUGUGCCCCUUUACACAGUAAUAUACGUCUAUUACGAUUGCUAUAAAUUCUCAUUAAGCAAAAAGACUUAUUAUCUAUACACUAUACAGUAUAUUAGUUACGUUAAUUACCAAUUAUUCUAUCAAUAUGAACACAGCAAUUAUGUUCUUAAUCCUGUAAAAAAUAUGAUUCUAUUUUGUUAUACAUUUUAAACGAUAUAAACAUAACCUUCUUCAGGCGUUAAAGUCUCAAAAUUAAUUGGUAACUUUGAGAUUUUGUAAUGUAAUGGAUGUUUCUAAAAACCAGCAGAGAUACAAACAUUACACAUGCCUGUGUUUUUCAGUAAUGGGACAAAGAAGAUUUAGAGUUUCGUAUUGAGAGAUAUAAAUUUAUACAUAUGGUAAAACUGAUACUUCUAUGUAAUUUAACAAUUAUUGGAUAAUUUACUAAUCAUCACUUUGAGAUGGGUGUCCUUAUUGCUUCUCCGGAAGCAGGAGAUGCAUCAAUUAACAUUAUACCGCAAAUGAAGAAACAUUCUGCUAUUUCUGGAGAACCUGCUACAAGUUUCAUUUCCACAACACCAGAAAGAAAUGCUACUAAUCAAACUGCUCUAAUGGGUGUAUCAAAUUAUAAUUCUACUAAUAGUAUGAAUAAAGAUACAUACAGACACACAGUUUUAAUGGAAAAUAAUGUUUUUGAUAAGAUGUGCAAUUCUACAAUUAAUGAUAGCUGCCAAUUUCCCUAUUAUAGGAGCAAUACAAGUGAUAGCAAAUGCCCUGAUGCAGUUUUGGUAAAAGAUGUAGGUGUAUCAUGUAUGCUUUUAAAGCAGAAUACAUUUGAAAUACAACUUCCUCAAACAAAAACUCUGAUUAAGCAUCUUAAGAAAGAAUACAAUGAUUUAACUGAUAUUGCAAAUAGAAUAACUACAUAUACAAAAGAUAUAUUAAGUCAUUUACCAAAGAAAAAUCAAAGAAAGCAUCAGCUUCUUAAAAGUUUGGCAGCUUCAAAACAUGCAAUAGCAUCUCAGUAUGUAGAUAGUAAAGGUAAUCUUUGUUUAAAAUUGAGACUUUUUAGUAAUGCUGAAACGCAGUGUAUGACUGAGCAAGUUGUUAAGGAUUUUGACAAUACAUUAUGCAAAAGCAAAUAUAUUACAAAGGAAUUACACAGUAAAAAUUGUAAUUAUUACAAUCAUUUUGUAACAAAUUUAAACAAAAAUAAAAGUUAUAUGCAUAUGUAUGUAGCAAAAACACAAAUCUUGGAUAAAGGUCAUCUAACACUUGAAGAGAGAAAUAUGAAAUCAAAAUACGAACAAGACACGUCCAUUCAGCGAAGGAAUGCGAAAACAAACACUCGAAAUUUAACAUCAUCUAGUAUUUCUUCAAUUAAUAAUCAUUUAAUGAAGAGAAAGAAAAAAACAUCAAAAGAAUCGUUAACCCCCAAAUUAAAAAAAUGUGAUGAGGUGCAUAAACAUGGCAUAGUCGAAAAAUUCAGUGAUGAUAAACUCUACACAAAUCAGUUAAAGUUAAAAAACUAUAGUCCAGUUACAUUUACUAAUUGGAAAGAAAUUUCAAAAUUGAAACAAUCCAAAAAUAAAACAUUGUCUAUUUUUUCUUAUGAAUCACAACAAAUGGCUAACGCGAAAAACAAAAUUAAACAAGGAGAAUUUAUUAACUAUAACACAGUUAACAAUAUAUCGAAUACAAAAUUUCAUACAGUUAAUAUCCGAAUUGUAAAAAAGAGUAAAAAAGAUGUAUAACUUUUCUAUUUUUCAUAUCUCAAUAUAUUCCUAUAUAAUAAAUAUUUUUAUACUA